AUGCCUCUCUUCGGACACAAGAACGCCCCUGAGCCAACGCCUGCACAGACGACAGCUCCCAGAUACUCGAACUCAUCUGCUGACGGCAGUCCUCGAAGAGGCUUUUUCAGCCGGCAUCGUUCAUCCUCUGCCUCCUCCGCGGACCUCGACUCGCACAACCGUCGUCAUGGUUCCAAAAAGCUCUCCCACGGGUCGACCCGGAGCUCUGGCGGUCUCUUUCACCGUAAUCACGAGGACCCAUCUAUCAUUGCUGCCAGGGAGCGAGUCCUCUCGGCUGAAACUGCUGAGCGCGAGGCGGAUCGUGCCCUUGUUCAGGCAAGAGCAGCCGUGAGGGAGGCGAGGGACCGUGUGAAGAUGCUUGAACGCGAGGCUGAGGAAGAGGCUCGUCUGGCGAAGAUCAAGCAGCACCAAGCUAGGGACAUUUCGAAGAGAGCUAAACCCCUUGGACGUGAGUGA